CAUUUCGCAUAUUAACAAGGAAAGGGUCCAUCAAAAGAACUAGCAAAGAUUUUCCCUUUUCUAACAUUUUUGUACGGUGUUCGACGCUCCACACGACAUUCCCGUGUCCCGUCCUCUUCGCGAUUUCCCCUCCGCUGCUCACCUCCGCCGUCGAUCCGCUCCACCCCGCCGUGCUGCGCCGCCGCCGGGAGACGGUGUUCGAGGCUCCACACGACAUUUCCGUGACCGUCCUCUUCGCGAUUUCCCCUUCGCUGCGGCACCUCCGCUGCUCCACCUCCGCCGUCGAUCCCCUCCACCCGCCGUGCUCCGCCGCCGCCGGUGUCCCGCCGGCGCAGCCUCCGCUAUCCUACUCUUUCUUCCCCAUACCGAUCCUUUCGGAGGGAGAGAGACCUGAGGAAGAAGGGGAGGAUAGCGCCAUCGGCUAUCAGAAAUCCGUGCCGUUCCCGUAAAACUUCGCGAAUUUCAUCCAAUUUCUCCGCUUGUUAGAAGAGAGGUGGUGACCUAGACAUUGCAUAUCCUAAAUGUCACAGAGCUCCGAGCUGGAAUAUUGCAUAUGCGAAAGCACCCAUCUUAUAGGGCUAUGGAAUCAGAAGCAAUCUUUGCAGAUGAACUGAUGCUUAACAGGAAUGUUCAGCUUGGGCCAGUAGAUCCAAGGAGAGCUCGAUUUCCGUAUUGCAUAGUUUGGACCCCCUUGCCUGUCAUCUCUUGGCUGAUACCUUUCAUUGGCCACAUUGGUAUCUGCAGAGAGGAUGGAGUGAUCUUGGACUUUGCUGGCCCCAACUUUGUUUGUGUUGACAACUUUACCUUUGGAGCAGUCGCCCGUUACAUGCAAAUUAACAGAGAACAGUGCUAUAAGUUGAUCGAGCCUGAUGGAAACAUGACAUGGGAUAACACACUCAAGGAAAGCACCCAAGAGUUUCAGCACAGAUCUUACAGCCUGUUUACCUGCAACUGCCACUCCUUUGUUGCAAACAGCCUGAACAGAUUGCUUUAUCGCGGUCACAGCAAAUGGAAUGUGGUGAACCUGGCAGCUUUGAUUUUUCUGAGGGGUACUUGGGUUAACAAAAAAUCAGUAUUGAGAUCUUGUUUGCCAUUUGUUGUGGUACUCUGCACUGGACUCAUCUUCGGUGGCACAAAUUUUUUGAUAGGCUUGUUCAUCUUCACACUUGCCCUAGUUGGUUGGUUCCUGAUGGGUACCUACUGUUUCAAGAAUCUUAUCCACUUGUAGAUUGUAAUGCAUCCUCAGGACAACGGUUAUAUGGGAUGUGCAACUUUAGAUGGUAACUUAACAUCUUGAUUGUGUAAACACCAAUGCUCUUGGUUGUGUUAAAUAAGACAGGUAUUCUUAUUUCGUUUUCA